GUGUGCUCAGCCUACCCGAGGGUCUAACUCUUCAAAGGGACCAGCAGCAGCAACGAGCUGGGAAGAGUGGAGAGGGAAACACCUACAGUCAGUCCGAACUGCGCUCCAUUGAACAGUGCUUACUGGCCACGAGAGUGGGCAGCAUCUCUGAACUGAGUGACUUGGUGUCACGGGCUAUGCACCACCUACAGCCACUGUAUAUGAAGAACCACAACAAUGGGACACCAAUGCACCAGAAAAGCGGCGUGAUACUCUGGGCACCGGAAGCUAUCUACACGCUGUGCUACUUCAUGCACUGCCCUCAGAUGGAGUGGGAAAACCCCAACGUUGAACCCUCCAAGGUUACCUUACAAACCGAGAGGCCAUUUCUGAUCUUGCCGCCUCUGAUGGAGUGGGUGCGUGUAGCUGUGGUUCACACCGAGCACAGACGCAGCUUCACUGUGGACAGCGAUGAUGUGCGGCAGGCUGCCAGGCUGCUGCUGCCUGGAGUGGACUGUGAGCCCCGCCAGCUUCGAACGGAUGACUGCUUCUGUGCCUCACGGAAACUGGAUGCUGCCUCUUCUGAGGCAAAGUUCCUGCAGGAUUUGGGCUUCCGCAUGCUCAGCUGUGGACGCACAGACCUGGUAAAGCAGGCUGUCAACCUGCUAGGGCCGGAUGGUAUCAACAGCAUGAGUGAGCAGGGUAUGACCCCGCUGAUGUACGCUUGUGUCCGUGGAGAUGAAGCCAUGGUGCAGAUGCUGCUGGAUGCAGGAGCAGAUAUUAACAGCGAGGUGCCAAACUCAGUGCACAAGCACCCCUCAGUCUUUCCCGAAACACGGCAGGCGACGCCCCUCACUUUCGCUGUGUUACACGGACAUGUGCCUGUGGUGCAGCUGCUGCUGGAUGCAAAAGCCAACGUGGAAGGCUCCCUGCAGGAUGGGAUGGAGAACUACACGGAGACACCGCUGCAGCUGGCUGCUGCUGCAGGUAACUUUGAGCUGGUGAGUUUGCUGCUGGAGCGAGGCGCUGACCCCAUGGUGGGAACUAUGUACCGCAAUGGAAUUUCUACUGCACCACAAGGCGAUAUGAACUCCUAUAGCCUGGCAGCAGCACAUGGGCACAGAAAUGUGUUUCGCAAGCUGUUGUCCCACACAGAAAAAGGGAAAGGAGAUGUCUUGUCAUUGGAAGAGAUUCUCGCAGAAGGCUCAGAGCUGGAAGGCAGAAGCAUGUCUCAGAUGGAUCUGAUCAGAACUGGAAAAGCCAAACUUAAAGCUCUGAAGGAAGCCAUGUACCACAGUGCUGAACAUGGGCAUGUAGACAUCACCAUAGAUAUACGGAGUCUUGGAGUCCCAUGGACUUUGCACACUUGGCUGGAGUCUCUGCGCACAUGCUUCCAUCAGCACCGCCGACCUCUGAUCCAGGGUCUUCUGAAAGAGUUCAGCUGCAUUGAGGAAGAGGAGUACACCGAGGAGCUCAUUACGCAUGGCCUGCCUCUUAUGUUCCAGAUCCUCAGAGCCAGCAAGAAUGAAGUGAUCAGCCAGCAGCUGGCUGCGAUCUUCACUCAGUGUUACGGCCCUUACCCCAUCCCCAAACUGGCAGAGAUCAAGAAGAAGCAGUCAUCACGUUUGGAUCCCCACUUCCUGAACAAUAAAGAAAUGUCUGAUGUGACCUUUUUGGUGGAGGGGAAACCUUUUUAUGCCCACAAAGUUCUGCUUUUCACAGCUUCCAACAGAUUCAAAACUCUUCUAGCUAACAGACCAUGUGGUGAAAACACAUGCAUUGAAAUCAGCAAUGUCAAAUUUCAAAUAUUUCAGCUUGUCAUGCAGUAUCUGUACUGUGGAGGGACAGAAGCUCUGCACAUCAGGAACACUGAUGUUAUGGAGCUUCUGUCAGCAGCAAAGUUUUUCCAGUUGGAGGCGCUGCAAAGGCAUUGUGAGAUUAUCUGCUCUAAGAACAUCAACACAGACACUUGUGUUGAGAUCUACAAUCACACCAAGUUUCUCGAUGCUCCAGAUCUAGCAUCCUAUAUAGAGGGUUACUUUCUGAAGAAUAUGGUAAUCCUGAUUGAGUUGGAGCCCUUCAAACAGCUGCUGUAUGACACACCACCCGACAGCCCCGCCUGUGACAUCCUGCGAGACUUGGAGAAAACGUUGGCUAUUCGCAUCCAGUCCAUCCACCUGUCCUCCUCCAAGGGAUCAAUUGUCUGAACUUCUGAGUUUCCUAAACCCAGAAACUAAGAAGAUUUAGCAGAGAGCAAUCAGAGCUGUGACACUAUAUUUAUAUGCAUCUGAGCGAUGAAUGAUUUGGAGGUGAAAUCAGGUGUCGUGAUCUUGCUCUCCAUGACGCUUAUCAGUUGCUAAAAUGCUUCUUGUUAGCACAGAUGGUUAACACGUCUGUCUGUCUGUUUGCCUUGUUGAUAUAUGUCUACUAACAUGACAUUCAUACGAUAGCUGUACAGUAUUAUGCCACAACUUGCCAAUAACAUAUAUGACUGUAACGGUGUCCCUUAUUCAGCAAAAAUCUAUCAGCUAAGUAGUGUUACACUCUGUUACAUGUCAAACUGAUCAGGAUCAGCUGAGGCUACAGAAACUCAGAGGAGAACAUUCAACCGAUGUAAUGAGGUAAUAAACAACAUCAGCAUAAUGUGAUAAGCCAUCAGUUUAUCCCUGGAUAUGAGGAAGGAAGUUCAGCUUCAUGUUUUUAUUUGCCUACACAUGUGGCCCCUGUACAGACAAGUUCAUUUGUAUAUUUGUCAGUCACUUACUGUAGACCUGAGAUGAUUAAUCCCUAAAGCCAAACAAGACAACCAGCUGUAAUGUGACUAAAGCACGUGACUUUAGGCAACUUGGUGGGAAAGAGGACUUGUUCUUUUACCGUAACUCUGUAAAUAUUGUUCAUAAAAACAGAGCUAUUGAUAAUGUAAGUUAAUGUAUAUAUCCACAGAUGUUUUCUCAUGUGUCUUACUGUUACUGUAUUGCUGUAAAAACAAAAAGCUCAUCUUUUAAAUAUCUAUGCUUAAAUGUUGCAUGUCAGAGGAGUGACUUGUUUUUAUGUUUGAACUGUUGGACGAUUACAUUGAGGACCUGUUUCCACACUACCUUCGUCCUCAGCAUGGGUCACUAUAAAUGUGUUGCGGUCAACUGGUGUCAUCAUUGUGUGUGCAAGAGGCGUUGGGUCUGUUUAGUCCUAAAACUGAGAACGUUACGAUAUCAAAUGUUCUCCAAGGAUUGUGAAACCGCAUUACUUGUAUGUGUGUGAUCUUUCCUCUAUAAAGAUUAAUAUCUAUGUAUUUGCUUUCAGAUUUAUUUGAUGUGGUCUCUGGCCUAAAAAUCUGAGCAUGGGGACAUCUAUAAUUCUGUCAGAUGUAAAAUUUAAAGGUUCCCCUGUUAGUAUUUUGUUCUCCACGCCUAGAAGGUUAGAUCACAGCUGGUAGGCAGUUUAAUGUGGCAUCACAAACACAUGUGCAAAUAAAUGAAAAGACACACACAAAACAUGUUAAUUCCUCACAACACGCUUAAUUCAUGGAGUCUCUCAGCUGACUGUAAAAUGUAAAUUAAUGUUCAUACACUGCAUCAGUCAUGUUAACCAUCACUAUAUUUAAAAUAGCUGUAUCAUUACUUUAUAACUAAAGCUUCAUAAUCGUAGCAUCCAUGCGUUUUCUUAACCGCUUGUCAGUUCAGGGUAUCUGGAGCCUGUAGGCUGUCAUAGUGGAAAAAGCAGACUACACCUUGGAAAAUUUGUAACUGUUAAAAAAAAGACAACAUUUCAGGGUCACAUUCCAAUCAACCUAAUAUACUUGUCUUUGGAUUAUGGGAGGAAGCAUUGAGAAUCAUAAAGUCAAAGGGAGAACAUGCAAACUGCACGCAGGAAAGGCCACAGGACUUCAAUACAACAGUGCCAACCAUUACAGCACCAGCUGCCAACCUAUUGGACCCCAUCCAACUAAUUUGCUAAUGUGAGGUUUAUAAGCACCAUGCUUCUGUUUUAACAGCACUUUAAAUGCUGGCUGUACAUAUUUGAGUCACCCCCAGGUCAGUGGUAUCCCUGAGGUCCAAAAAACUUUAAAACCUCUUAAGCCCCAAAGAGGUUUCUGAGCUUCCUGCUCGAAAAUGAAAUGCCCAAAAUUAAUUGAUUAUUUCUCUGCAAAUACAGACUCUGUGUAUACAAUCUUGGUAUCAAAAUAAAGCUAACACUUGUGAAAUUUCAUCAGAGGUAUAAAUAUUGCAGCAGAUAUUACUGUGUCAAAGUUACUGGGACUGAACACAGAAAAAGUAAG